AUGCAAAACAACAAAGAUUCCAAUGAAGCAGAAGCACAUCAAGUUAGAAAGUUGGAGAUAACAGACAAGAGCAAAGGAUUCAUGGAACUUCUACAGCAACUUACAGUGUGUCAUCCUGUAUCAGAUGAAGAAUUCCAAAACCGAUUUGAAGAACUCAAAUCAUGUGGCGAUGAUCAUGUGAUAUGUGUGAUUGAAGAUGCCAUGUCAUCAAAGAUCAUUGCAACUGGAAGUGUGUUCAUUGAGAAGAAAUUCAUAAGGGGGUGUGGGAAAGUUGGACAUAUUGAGGACAUUGUGGUUGAUUCGAGUGCAAGAGGGUUGCAAUUAGGGAAGAAAGUGGUUUGUUUUCUUGUGGAUCAUGCUCGUUCUAAUGGUUGUUAUAAGAUAAAAUGGAAAACAAGUUGA